AUGGAGGAGCUGGCGUGGGGCCUACUAAACACGAACUUCGACUUUCUAUGGGUCGUCAGGGAAGAGAAGCUCCCGGCAGAUUUCCUCCGUGCGUCGGCUGACAAGGCCAUGUUCGUGCGGUGGAGCCCUCAGCUGGAGGUGCUGUCCAACAAAGCGGUUAGGUGCUUCUUCUCGCAUGGGGGUUGGAAUUCCACGACAGAGGCGCUGAGCUUGGGGGUCCCGAUGGUGGUCAUGCCGCAGUGGACUGAACAGACGACGGAUGCUAAGUUGGUGCAGGAUGUAUGGGGCGUGGGCAUUCGGGUUACGGUUGGCGGGGAUGGUGUCGUGCGGAGAGAGGAGAUCGAGGGAUAG